UGCCCCUCAUUGCUUGGCUCAGCUGCUCUGUGGGAUGGACAUGGCCUGGAAGAUCACACAGUUGCUGCUUCUGGCUUCAGUGACUGCUGUGUGGGGUGCUCUGCCCAGGACUCAACAGGGCAGGACGGAUCUGCUCAAUGUCUGCAUGGACGCCAAGCACCACAAGACAAAGCCAAGCCCUGAGGACAAGCUUCAUGGCCAGUGCAGUCCCUGGAAGAAGAACGCCUGCUGCUCUGUCAACACCAGCCAGGAAGCCCAUAAGGAUGUCUCCUACCUGUACAGAUUCAACUGGGACCACUGCGGCCCCAUGAAACCUGCCUGCAAGCGCCACUUCAUCCAGGACACCUGCCUGUAUGAGUGCUCCCCCAACCUGGGGCCCUGGAUCCAGGAGGUGAACCAGAGCUGGCGCAAAGAGCGGAUCCUGAACGUGCCCCUGUGCAAAGAGGACUGUGAGAGCUGGUGGGAAGACUGCCGCACCUCCUACACCUGCAAGAGUAACUGGCACAAGGGCUGGAACUGGACCUCAGGAUCUAAUGAGUGCCCGGUCAAGGCUGCCUGCCACCGCUUUGAUUUCUACUUCCCCACGCCUGCUGCUCUGUGCAAUGAAAUCUGGAGUCACUCCUUCAAAGUCAGCAACUACAGCCGAGGCAGUGGCCGCUGCAUCCAGAUGUGGUUUGACCCGGCCCAGGGCAACCCCAACGAGGAGGUGGCCAGGUUCUAUGCAGAGGCCAUGAAUGGAGCUGAGCUCUAUGGGGCCUAACCUUCUUGCUUGGCCUGGCCCGAAUGCUGCUCCUGUUGCUCAGCUGAGCUCCUUUUACCUUCUGAUACCUGGUCAUCCCCACGCAGUUCAGCCCCACGGCUCAGCUCCCAUGGUGGGAGCUCUGUCCAACAGUUUGAAUAAACUAGUUG